AUGGAAGACACGAGCUCGAAGCCAGCUACCACAGAAGGCUCCGGCAACACCGCCCCGGCCACUCCGACCCUACGGUCCCAAAUCCCGCACCCAGAACUGACGCUUCCGUCCCCGGGACUCAGCUACGACUUCCGCAUGUCCGUCGAGCUGAAUCCCAAGGUCGCCGUGGGGGUAGUCCCCUCCGGCGGCAUGAGGAACUGGAUCUCGUUCUCCGGCGGGUCGUGGGCGGCGACGUGGGGUUCUGGCACCGUACUGCCUGGUGGGCAGGACUCGCAGCUCGUGGACCCGGAGACCUACGUCGUGAGCAUGGAGACGAUGUACCUGCUCAAGACGGACGACGAGGAGCCCGCGUUCAUCGAGAUACGCACGCGUGGGUUCAGGACUGGACCGAGAGAAGUCCUGGAGGCUCUGCAGGACCCGGAGAAGGCGAAUUCGGUCGAUCCUUCCACGUAUCAGUUCCGGCUCUAUGCCUCGAUGGAGACGGGUGACGAACGAUAUGUCGGAAAGGUGAACCAUGGCAUGUGGGUGGGCAGUGGGAUGCGGAAGGGGGCUGAGGUCAUAUUUGAUGCGUAUCGGAUAACUUAG